CCAAAAAUAAAAUAUAUAGGUGAUAAAGAUAGAGAUAAUGGGAGUUUGUGGCUCGAAGGCAGAAAUCUUCGGCUCCAAAGAUGCUGAAUUCACUAUGAAGAUUCAGUUCUGUGGAGGCUGAUCAUACCGUCCCAAAGCUGUCUAUGUCCAGAAGGAGGUAGAAAAGAUCUUUGGUGAAAAGUUAGCUGUUAUUUUUAAGAAAGACUUGAAGGUAACUGGGAAUUUCGAAAUAACCCUCUUUAAUCAGAAGACGGGUGAGUCGAAGUUGGUUCAUAGUAAGAAGAAUGGUGGUGGCUUCGUGAAGGAGGAUAAUUUUGAUGAGUUUAAAGAAAAACUCGCCGAAUUCUGAUCAUCUUAAUCAUCAACAUAGCCUCUUUCUGUUUCAACAGAUAUAUUGCAUAUUUUAAUGACCACCUGUCUUUUCAAACCCAUAAGAGCAGGAGUGAACCCAAUAUGAAUAUUUCAGUUGGAUUUAUACGCUUUUAAGCGUAG